AUGAGCACCCUAACCAAGACUGAGGAGCAGCCAGAGCCGGAGCUGAAGAUGUACUGGCACACCGACUACUGGGACAUGCCGCUGAGCGGGGUCGCCAUGUACAAGGGCCAGCCCGUCUACUUCCAGCACGUGGAGGAAGAAGCACAGGCCGAUGGUGAUGGUGUGGACGAGAACCUAGACGACCCCGAGCACGAGCGUCCGUACGUGGAGCCGACCUACGCCCUCCACGCACUCACCGAGGCCCAGCACCGUGAGCUCGAGGGCCAGCACGACGAGUUCGGCCGUCUGGUGGGCCGGCACACGGACCACCGGCCCAGCGUCUACGAGCCCUACGAGGACAAGGGCACCAGCCAUCUGUGGUACGACAACGCGGCCGCUCGGCGGCUGAGCUUCAACCCGACCCAGGACUGCCCCAUCGUCGCCACCGUCCCGCGUUCGGCCUUCGCCUGGUUCCGUCGCCCGAUGUGA